ACGCUAAGGUUUCCUAGUAUGUAUGCUGUCCGGUGUGUGUGAGGAUUAGCGUUACACAUACUCGUAGAUUUUCUUGCAAACAUUUUUUUAGUGGCUGUAUGUUUCGCAGACAACAAAUUAAGUCGAGUCCUCGACUAAUUUCAAUUUUGAAUGGAGAUUCUCUAUGCAAAACUCAGUUUAGACUGUGCCUAUGGUUAAUCUGGUUACGAAACCGGGCCUACAUCUCUUGUUUUGUUUGGUGUGAAGCCCGUUUUAACUGGUUUGAUGAGUGGUAUAUGAUAAAUGCCUUGCUGCAGCGCCCAAGUGUUGAUUUCAGUGUAGCUAUUUUACAUGUUAAGAGAGCUGGCGCGUAAUUAGCAGCUGGUGAUGAUGCGAAACACCUUUGAACGACGCGUUGGCAUGAAAAGAUGGUUUGCUUUUUUUGUACAGGAAACUGCCUACAUCUAACCGCGUAUUUUGUAAUGUUUCUAGUUAAAUCUGUCUGUGUACCAAUGUGUUUUGGGAGUAUUUUGAAUGUUUGAUAGGGUAUAUUAAUAACUCAGUGAUCUGAAAAUGAGCGGUGUAUUUGUUCGUGCCGUGGUCAUUUCAACGUUGUUCGUUGCCAAUACAGUGUUGACUUAUUAGAAGUGCCUUAAAACAACUGCCUAUAUGUGAUGAGGUUGAAGAAAGAGAAGAAACCAGUUUCGAGGAAUUGUAUCGUACAUUUUAUUGAAGAUUGGUGGAUUCCACAGAGCUCACUGAAGAAAAUAUCCAAUCAGAUUAUGUGCUUCACUCUUAAGCCCCACCUCUUCAGAUGAAAACAUGAAGACAGAGCCUGUGAUGGACAGCACAUAUUACAGAGUGGUUGGGUUUAGAUCCAGCUUGAUUAAAAGUGAAGAAGUAGAGGAGAGUAUAGAGAGGAAGAAUGGAUAUGGGAUGAGCAGGGAGGAAGAACUCAUUCUCUCCAACAUAAAGGAAGAGAAGGAGGAAGGUGGGGAGAGACAGAGUGAGGGGAUGAAGAGGGAGGAUGGUGUGAAAGAUGAAGAGGUCAUGGGAUUUGAGUCGAAAGAGAGAGAGUGGGAUGGAGAUGAAAUGGAACAAAGUGACAGAGCACAGAGAGAAUAUGGACUACCAGACUGCAAGAAACGGGAAGAGGAGGGCUUGUCACCUCCAGUUACUUCCUGUCUGCUCAAACAGCCUAGAGUACCCUCCCCUGGAUCUUCUAUCAUCUCCUCCAGUCAAGGUACUGCAGCAGAAUCUGAGGUGUUUUCCUGCUCCCAGUGCCCAUUCAUUCACAUGGAAGAAGCGAAGCUUCACCAGCACAUUGAGAAGGUUCACCCAGAGGAGCACAGCAGGAUUCUGAGGUCUGGAGGAAACGGAGCAGAGGACCCACUGCCUCCCAGCAGCACACAUGAGCACCCCACACCCCCUAAAACACUCCCCACCCCGACACAGUCCCACACCGGCACUCCAGGGGCCCACACCUGCUCCCACUGCGGGAAGAGCUUCAGGCGUAAGUCAAACUUGACAGUACAUCAGCGAAUCCACACAGGGGAGUGCCCCUAUAAGUGCUCCCAGUGUGGGAAGAGCUUCAGUCAGUCAAGCAGUUUGGCGUCACACCAGCGGAUUCACACAGGGGAGCGCCCGUACCGCUGUGCCCAGUGUGGGAAGUGCUUCAAUCAGUCAAGCAGUCUGGGAGUACACCAGCAGAUGCACACAGGAGAACUUCCAUACCGCUGCUCCCAGUGUGGAAAGAGCUUCAGUUACUCACGUUGUCUGAGAGUACACCAGCGGAUUCACACAGGAGAGCGCCCAUACCUCUGCGCCCAGUGUGGGAAGAGAUUCAGUUACUUAAGUGGUCUGACCGCACAUCAGCAAACUCAUAGUGGGGAGCGCCCGUACCACUGCUCCCAGUGCGGGAAGAGCUUCAAUCAGUCACAGAAUCUGAGAGUACACCAGAGGACUCAUGCAGCAGAGCGUCUGUGCCACUGCUCCAAGUGUGGGAGGGGUUUCAGGUCUUCUGCAAAGCUGAAAGUGCACCAGAGAGUUCAUACAGGGCAUUACCCAUUCUGCUGCUUCCAGUGUGGGAAGGGCUUCGUUGCGUCUACUGCUUUGAUCGAGCACCAGCAGAACUGUACAGAAGAGUUCCCACCCCCCAGCUCCUAGAAUGGAAAGGGCUUCAUUUCCGCUGUGUUCCGCAGUUUAGUUUCUUGGUUCUUUUGUAAUGGAUGCAAACGAGAACAAUGAAAGUGAGACGAAAUGAAAACGUGGAUGUGCUUGAGGACGAAGGAGUUAAUAAAAUGUCCUUUUGCACAAAAA